GUGCGUGUGUAUUCGCAUUUUCAGUAAUUUCGAAAAAAAUUUUGUAUAUUUGAUGGCGACAGCGACGUUACUCACAAGAAACUCGCGCGUUUGUCGAAAAAUCGUAGCGCGUACGUAUAUAUCGGUGUGUAGAAAUUACUAAAAAUUAUGUUGCAACUUUUUAACAGUCGUGUACAAUCUGUAUGUUGUAUAUGUUCAAUUUAAAUACAACAACAAUAGCAAGCAACGCAACACAGUUUUAAGCAACAACAACAACAACAAACAAACAAAACCGACAAGCUAAACAUGGCUAAAGCAUCAACAGCCAGCACACACAACAACAAGAGAAGCAACAACAACAAGCAGCAGUAGCAACGCGGCCAUAAACAAAAGUCAAAAUCAUAAAAUCCUUCGGAUAUAUAUUUGGAUAUUAUCGCCAAUAAACGGAUAAUCAGCAACAGAACGUGUGGAUAUCACCAAAAAAAAAAAGUAGAAAGAAAACGGGAAAAUCCGAAGGAAAUAUUUAUAAAAGCCAACCGCCUGCGGUAGGAAUCUUGGAACUAACACAAAGAAGGAUUCGAUACCACAAUGCCUCCAGUAGCAGUAGCUGUUGCUAAAUCCUUGGCCCUUGGAUCAGCUGAAGCCAGUAGAUUCCAAUGAGAGGAGCCUGGGCCCUGAGAAUCUGGAGCAGGCGAGUGCACAGACAUUGCUGAGCAUGAAGCAACCACUACGGACCACUACACAGCAUUAUCCCUUGAACAAGAAGAGAUUUUUAUCAAAAACCAGAAGAGAAUCAGCAGGAUCAGGAGCUGAGAAAACGAUAGGCGGCGGAGGAUCACCAGGAGUAGGAGUCGCAGGAAUAGCCGGAGAAGGCGUAGCCAGUCGCAGGAGGAGGAGGUGGUCACCGGCCACAUAAGACUAGUCCCCCCCUCCCUAAACCCACUAAAUCCCCUCCCAAUUAUCCGUACGAAAGGAAAUCGAAAGGAGGACAAGGAGGAGCGCAGGAGGAGACGGAGACGGCCCGUGUGUGUGUGUGUGUAGGUGGAGUGUGUGUGUCGGCCGUCUCAGUCGGAUAAUCAUCAACCCAGAUACCCAAUCCGCAGAUCCGCAGAUCCACAUCCCAAGCUGAAGCACCAGAACCACCACAGGAACCACAUCCACCACCACCACCACCAUGUCGUCCAAUGAGCCACCGCCCCGUUACGAGCCACCCGUGGAGCCAGUCAAUGGCAUUGUACAGCCACCGGUGGUGCCGCCAGCGGAGCGACCCGGCCGCAAUACGAACCAAUUGCAAUAUCUGAUCAAGACGGUGAUGAAGGUGAUAUGGAAGCACCACUUCUCGUGGCCCUUCCAACAGCCCGUCGAUGCCAAGAAGCUCAACCUGCCCGACUACCAUAAGAUCAUCAAACAGCCCAUGGACAUGGGUACGAUCAAGAAGCGGCUGGAGAACAACUACUAUUGGUCCGCCAAGGAGACCAUACACGACUUCAAUACGAUGUUCAACAAUUGCUAUGUCUACAACAAACCCGGCGAGGAUGUCGUUGUGAUGGCCCAGACGCUCGAGAAGGUCUUCCUGCAGAAGAUCGAAUCGAUGCCCAAGGAGGAGCUCGAACUGGAGCCGGUUACGGCCAAGGGUGGCAAGAAGAAGCAACGGGCGCCGGCUACGCCCAAGACAUCGUCAGCGACCGUUGGCGGUGGAGCAACCACCGGUUCCGGCACAGCAUCCUCGGCGGCAGUUAACAGCGGAGCGGGAAGUGGCUCCACCAAAGUGUCAGCAGCCGCCUCAUCCGCGCAACAGUCCGGUCUGCAAGGAGCGACGGGAGCGGGCUCGGCGAGUACACCAGGAGCUCAGGCGGGUUCCGGUGCGGGAGGAGCGACCGCCGCCCGACCCGUAUCCGCCAUGGGCGGCACGGUUUCAUCGACGGCCGGCGGUGCACCGUCCAUACCACCGAUUAGCACAAUGCCACCGCACACGGUACCCGGCAGUACCAAUACGACGACGACAGCGAUGGCUGGCGGCGCUGGUGGAGCAGGUGCAGCCGCAGCCAAUCCCAAUGCCGCCGCCCUGAUGGCCAGCCUUCUGAAUGCGGGCCAAACGGGCGCCUAUCCCGGCGCCCCUGGCCAGACGGCGGUCAACAGCUCCUCGCUUCUAGAUGGCAGUACAGCCGCAGCAGCGGCAGCAGCAGCAGCAGCGGCAGCGGCGGCGGCGGGAGUGGGCGGUGCAGCGGGAGCAGCCGGUGGUGCAGCGGGCGCCGGAGUGACAAUACCAUCUGUAGCCGUCAAUGCCACCAACGCCGUUCAGGCCUAUGUGAAUGCGGGCGUGAGCGUUGGUGUGGACGCCGUGAUACCGCCGCAGCAGCCCGCCAAAAUAAAGAAGGGCGUCAAACGAAAGGCGGACACGACCACGCCGACGGCCAAUGCCUUUGAAUCGCCUUACGCGCAAAUGGACUCCAAAUCGGCCAAGAUUGCGACGCGACGGGAGUCGAAUCGUCAGGAUCUUACAUUCCAGGGCUCGGGAUACAAUAUGUCGCCGCUGGGCGUCUCCGGAGUGCCCGGACUUGGCGGUCUGGUUGCCGGCGGCGUGGCCGGCGUUGCGGUGGCCAAGAACAAGGAGAAGCUAUCGGAUGCGCUCAAGUCGUGCAACGAGAUCCUCAAGGAGCUCUUCUCGAAGAAGCACUCAGGAUAUGCCUGGCCGUUCUACAAGCCCGUGGACGCGGAAAUGCUUGGCCUGCAUGACUAUCACGACAUCAUCAAGAAGCCAAUGGAUCUGGGCACUGUCAAGCGGAAAAUGGACAAUCGCGAGUACAAGAGCGCGCCGGAAUUUGCUGCCGACGUGCGAUUAAUAUUCACCAACUGCUACAAGUACAAUCCGCCAGAUCACGAUGUUGUGGCCAUGGGCCGCAAGCUGCAGGACGUCUUUGAGAUGCGCUACGCCAACAUCCCCGACGAGCCGGUGGCCAAUGCGGCCCACCAUCACGGGCACGGCCAUGGGCAUGGUCACGGUCACGGCCACGGUCACGGGCAUGGUCACGGACAUGGCCAUGGUCACGGUUACGGCGGUCCCCUCAAGCACGAUGCCAGCGAUUCGUCUAGCGAGGACUCCAGCGACACCGAGAACGAAUCCAACUCGGACGAGGAGCGCAGCGCCAAGCUGAAAAUGCUCGAGUCCAAGCUGCUUGGCCUGCAGGAGGAGAUCCGCAAGCUGUCCGAGGAGGCCUCCGCCAAGAAGAAGGCGAAGAAGAAACUCAAGGAGAAGAAGAAGUCGAUGGGCGGUGGCUCUGGAUCGGCCUCGCAUCAUGGUCACGCCUCAGGCGGCGGUGCAAAUGCUGGCGGAGCAGGCGGCGCUGGAUCCGGCGGCCAUUCGGGCGUCGUCUCUGUGCCGGGUGGAGUCGGAGCCAUGGGUGCCGGUGGAGCGGGCGGCGCUAAUCUCAACGCACUGCUCAGUGGUUCGUUGGUUGGUCCGGGCGGAGCAGCUGUCGCCGGUGGCGUUCCCAAUGUGGCGGCGUUGCACAGCCAGGUUCACGACGCGGCCAUGGCGGUCUUUGGCCAGCUGGCGGGCGGCGGUGCCGCGGCCGGUGGCGGCUUUGGUGCCGGUGUGACAGCAUCGGGCGCAUCGACAGGCGGCAAGGCGGGCACCCUGGCCGGCGCUCUGGCAGCGGGCGCGGCGGCAGGAGCCGGCGGUACAUCUGGCAGCGGCGGUGGCAGCAGUAAAGGUGCUAAGAGCAAGGGCGGACGCGGCGCCAAGGGCAGCGGAGGCGGCGGCGUUGGAGGUAGCAAUAACACCGCUGCGGGCAAUGCGGCAGGCGCUGCAGCGGGAGCUGCAGCUGGCGCAGGAGCCGUCGGAGCUGUUGGCGGUGCAGGAGCAGCAGGCGGCGGCAACGCAUCUAAGCGGGCCAAGAGCAGCAGUUCGGCAGGCGCUGGCGGCGCUGUUGGGGGCGCGAAUGCCAGUACCGGUGGCGCCGGUGCGCGCGGCAGCAGCAAGAAGAAGCCCAGCCAGGUGAUGAACUUUGACUCCGAGGAGGAGGACACGGCCAAGCCAAUGUCGUACGAUGAGAAACGCCAGCUGUCGCUCGACAUCAACAAGUUGCCAGGUGACAAGCUGGGCCGUGUGGUACACAUCAUCCAGAACCGGGAGCCAUCGCUGCGUGACUCCAAUCCCGACGAAAUCGAGAUCGACUUCGAGACGCUGAAGCCGUCGACGCUGCGCGAGCUUGAAAGCUAUGUGGCGUCGUGUUUGCGCAAAAAAACACGUAAGCCAUAUUAUAAAAAGCCUUCCGGCAAGUCGAAGGACGAGCAGAUGGCAGAGAAAAAGCAGGAGCUGGAAAAGCGACUGCAGGACGUCACCGGCCAGCUGGGGGCAAGCAAGAAAAACGCCAAGAAAGAUGAGUCCGCUUCGAACAAGGUCGAGGCAGUGCAGCCGGCGAAUCCCGUGUCAUCGAGUUCCAGUUCCAGCGAUUCAUCGUCGUCGAGUUCGAGUGAUAGCAGUUCGAGUGACUCGAGCGACAGUGAAGCAGGUUAGGACGCGUUUUGUUUGUUUGUUUUAUUUUAUACAACCUUUUUUUUUUAUUAGUAUACAUAGAGAUAUGCAAAUAUAAAUAUAUAUAUAUAUAUAGAUGCGUUGUUUAAGAAACAAACAACAGAACUCACUAAACACACGUACGGAAACCGAUACCGAUACCGAUUCAGUUACAGAUACAGAUACAGAAUCAGAAUAUUGAGAUAUAGACCCCCACACUACAUAGAAACCGAGACCGCAUAAUUUUUUAUUCUAUUAUCGUUUAACAUUAGAUACCUAAAAACAUAAGGCGGCGGGGCGGGGCGGGGCGGACGUGGCUUGAGUCAGAGAACAGAAGAUUCGAACGAGUAAUGAACAGUCUAGGAUCUAGGAAAACCUUUAAAAACCCGUUGAAAAGUGUAAAAAUAUAUUGCAAAAAAAAAAAUAAUGAAAAUGAAAAGGAUGAGAUAUAAUACUUAAGUCGCACAGAAUCAGGAGAUUUGAACAGAGCGAUUGGCUUAAUUAAUUCAAUUGGAUAUAGGUUUAUCUAGUUAUAAUAUCAUAGUUACCCUAUUAGAACACGCAAAAAAUAUAUAUGCCAAUGCGGAUAUAUGUAUGUAGAGUUUAUCGAUUGUGUUUUUCCGCAUAACUUUUGUUUUUAUCAUUUUUUAAGUUAGUCUCAAGAACACCCACACUGACACACGCACACCAAUACUGAAAUAUGAAAUAGGAGGAGACAGAAACAAUGAGCCAAGGGGAGGGAGCGAGAGGGGAUAUGAUAAAAGGGUAUUAUUGCUUUUUAAGACCGACUGACCAAUGCAUCCCGCUCAGACACACAAAAACCCACUCCCCUGUCUCGCUCUAAUAGAGCAUUUUUAAUUUAUUGAAUUUAGCGCAUUUUGUUUAUGUUUUUGUGUGCUAAACAACAACAGAAAUUAACAGGACGACCCCAGAUCAAAAAACGAUAUAUCUCCAUUUACCACCAAAAACGUCUGAUUUUUGAAGAACCCAAAAAGAAAUAAUAAUCCAACUCUGAAUUUUUUUUUUUGUAUUUUUUAUUUUACAUAAAAAGAGAUUUUUUUUUUAGGAAUACCCAAGAACCAAGUUCACGACAAAGUGCAAUAUGCAUUUACUCUAAGAAAACAAAUGCACACGAAUAUAUGGAAUUUAGCAACGUAAAUUGGAAAACGAGUGAAAUGCCCUAGUUAAAUCAAUAUUUAAAAGUGUUUUAUUCAGAUAUUUCGAUAGCAGACAUAGCAACGCCCCAUACGAAAAGCAAAACAAAUUGAAGAUUUUAAGUUACAUGGCAGAGUUGUUAAACAAAUUUGCUGAUUAACGAUUAACCAAUGAACAGAGGUUUUUCUUUCAAUUCGCACUAGAGCCACACCAGAGUUGGAUGUUGGGGUAUCGCAACAUCAGACGUUUCAUAGGACCAUUAGAGCAUUAGACCAUUAGAUCCCUCCUCAUUUUUAACAACCAGCUACAUGAAACACAGACGAACAACACGAACACAACGGCAAAACUUUAUAUAGUCGAUAUAUAUAUAUAUAUAUAUCUAUAUAUAUACAUCUAGGUCUAGUAUAUACUUAAUUAUAUAUACACAGCAACACACACACAUAUAUCAUAUUUAAGCAUUUGUAGGUAUUAAACGAAUUGUAUUUGUAAAUGAAAAAAUGAGAAAACAAAUCUUACACAACACACAUACACAACUAUCUAAAAUGAGAAUAUUAAGAAAAACACACACUCUUUACUACUUUAAGUCAUUUUUGAAAAAACAAAAAAAAAAAACAAUUCUAAAAAAAGAACAAGAAAAACCUUAUUAUUACCAAUAUUAUGAUUAUUAUUAUGAUUAUUAUGAGAAUAUGCUGAAAAAAUCGUGAAGCAAUUGUGUAUUGGGGGCAGCCAAUCUGAAAAAGAAAGUAAUGAAUUCCAACUCCAACCAACCAACCAAUCUAUCAAUCAACCAAAACCAAAACCAACCAAUCGAACCAAUCAACCAAAUCAAAACUCUCCAUCAAAUCUACAAAACAGCAGAGCAACAAUGCAUGAUUGACAAAAGAUCAACGAAUAAAUCGAAAUAAAAACUUAUCAUCCACACUCCACACACAUGAUAACCCCUCAAGUAGUACUAUUCAUCAUCAGUAUAUAUUUUAGAGGCAGCUCAGGAGCAAACUCCUUCAUCGAUCAUCAUCAUACCUAUUCCCACCCCCAAAAUCAAAACUUAAACUGAUCCCGGGUUUUGCACUCCACUUCAGACUAUAUAUAUUAUGUCACUUACAUAACGGAUUCGGAAGAAUCUUCUCCGUCAACUUUUCCACGGUGCAAAUCCCAUAGUCCCCGAAACGAAUACUUCUGUGCCAAUUCCAUAUUUUGUUCUAGUCUUAUUUCUUGAUAUGAUAAAGCCAAUCCACCAAAUCUAAACCCACAUACGUCGAUCCCACUUCAUCCAGUAUCUAAUUGAAAUCCAAGCGAUAUGUUCUUCUUAGUAAGCUGGACCACACACUCACGCACACACAACACACCCACACAACCUCACAGAACUAUGUGUAAAAUAUAAUAAUAAUGAAAAAAAAAACAAUAACCAUAAUAAUAUGAAAUUAUUAACAAAACUGAAUGAACCAAAAUACCAGCAAAAUUACCAUAUAUGUCUAAAGUAUGCAAAAAACGUAUGAAAUUCUCGAUACACUUGCAGACAAUGUGUAAAAACAAAGAAAGUAUGAAAAGCUUCUAAAGGAAAUGGAAAGAAAACACCGAACCACAAAUAUAACGUAAUUCAAAUAAAAAUACGUAAGGAGCGAAUACGUAAGGAGAGAUUGUGACAAAGAGAGAAUUACACAGAGAGAAAGAGAGAAAAUGAGGGGGGAUUACCCCAAGUUUAAGCUAAGAGGGGCCAGGAAAAUAAGGAGGGGAUACUUCAACUUACUCUAAUUAAGUCCGCUGAGAAAUGUGAAUGUUGAUUUUGAUGUUAUUAAUUGUUUAAACGUUUUUAACCUCAAAAAAGUGUUUCCAGACGGAACAAAUGGAACUGAAACACUGCAAUUAGCACAAUUCGCGAACAAUAGCUCGCAUCGCAUUAUCACUUAGAAUCGAGAAUUGCUUAAUAUCUCUCUGUAUAUCAUUAAUUCGUGGUUAAAUAUUUGUUGUUGUCAUUAACUUUAUGUGUAUCAAUGUGGGAGAACCGUCAUCCGAAAAACAGAAAUGCUUCCAGCUUACUUCCAAAAGGAAUUCAUGAGUGAAAACCCGAAAAGACAGCUUAAUAAUAAUUUAAAGAAACACACAACAAUAAAAACCGAUCAAAAAUUUAAAAUAUCCAAAACCAACUAUCGGAAGUAAAAACAAACGAUUUCGUAGAGUGGGGUAAAUGUAUCGGGUCCAAAAUUAAUUUGUCUAACUCUCUGUCUCUCUCUCUUUCUCUCUCUGUGUGUCCUUGCCACUGUGUCUGUCUCUGUCUGUAGUAGUAACGGUAAAACGGUAUGAGAAAAGUGGAACGAAUCGGAAUGGAACCAAGCGUUACGUAUAUAGAGUCUUUUACUCUAUAGCUUCUAAACUCCAACUAGUUCUAAAUACAUAGCUAUAUUUACAUAGAUGUAUGUAUCAAAGAAGGUAUAAACAAAAAACAACUACAAAAAAGAAAACAAAUAAUUAAAUGUAUUUUGAAAACAUUUUAUUAUUUAUUUUUCGGCUGUCGGCUUUCCCCUUUACACAUUGUUUGCACGUUUUUUUCAAAAAAAAAAAAAAAAUAAAAUAUAUAUAUUAUAUUACGAAAAUAUACAAAAAAAAUGCAUAGAAGAGAGGAGGAGGAGUGAUGAUUUGAUGAGAUGAGAUGAUAAUGCAAUGGAAAUAAAGAAAAAUUAACAAAACAAAUUGCAUAAAAUCAAUUUAAAUAUAAAUUUUUACUAUUAAAUUAAAUCAAAUGAAAAUUGCCAGGAGGAAAACGAAUGAAAUCCAACAAUAAUAAUGAUAAAUAACAACAAACAAAAUCACACCACACAAAAUGUAACAAUAUUUACUUUCAAAUCGAAGAAACUCAACGGUCAAAAUGCGAAGCGAAGAAAGCAAGCAAGUUUUUAAAGAGAGCCAAGGUGUAGUGUAGAAUUCGAAACAGUCAAGAAUAAGUUUGCAUUAUUUAGCCACAGAUUAUUUUUAGAAUUAAUUUUUGUUUUCAAACCCAAUUGCCUAUUCUUUAGGGUCCGAACUUGUUUGUAUGUACGUAAUAUAGUAGCUCUUGUACUUUCUUUAUCGAGGUCACCACACCCCGUAAGCGCCUUCUCCAUCCAUUUAGCCCCAUAUUAUUGAAAUUGUUUUGUUGUAAGCCUGAUUCUUGUGUUUUUGUAUAGCCUGUAGUAGUGACGAGGAGAAAGCAGAGCAGUAAAAUGCAACAGCACCAACUUUACAAACAUGUAAACACGCUCAAAAAGUCUUGUAAGAAUAUCAAAAACAGAAUUUCCCUAAAACAAAACAUUAAAAAAAAAAAGAAAACAGUGCAUUUUUGGUUUCAAUUUGCG